GGCUGUCAGUCAGUUGACGUAAGCGUGUACUCUGCAGGUGCAGGGAGAUCGCUGCUGCAUUGGUGCAAUAAGAACCGAACAUUAUACGGAAAAGAUGGCAUCAGCUACAGACUCCCGUUAUGGGCAGAAAGAAUCAUCUGACCAGAACUUUGAUUAUAUGUUCAAGAUCUUAAUUAUUGGGAACAGCAGCGUGGGCAAAACCUCCUUUCUCUUCCGAUAUGCGGAUGACUCCUUCACCCCAGCAUUUGUCAGCACAGUAGGAAUAGAUUUCAAAGUAAAAACCAUUUACAGGAAUGACAAAAGAAUCAAACUGCAGAUAUGGGACACUGCAGGCCAGGAGAGGUACAGGACAAUCACCACAGCAUAUUAUAGGGGAGCAAUGGGAUUUAUCCUGAUGUAUGACAUUACCAAUGAGGAGUCUUUCAAUGCGGUCCAGGAUUGGUCGACUCAGAUCAAGACAUAUUCCUGGGACAAUGCUCAGGUUUUACUUGUUGGGAACAAAUGUGACAUGGAAGAUGAGAGAGUGGUGUCUUCUGAACGUGGGAGACAACUAGCAGAGCACUUGGGUUUUGAAUUCUUUGAAGCCAGUGCCAAAGACAACAUCAACGUGAAGCAGACUUUUGAACGUCUGGUGGACAUUAUCUGCGAAAAAAUGUCUGAAAGCUUGGACACCGCUGAUCCUGCAGUCACCGGAGCUAAACAAGGACCGCAGCUCACCGACCAGCAGGCCCCACCACAUCAGGACUGUGCCUGCUAGACUAAAAACUUCCCUUGUCCACAUAUGUACACCUUUCCACGCCCAUAUCCCCUACCUCCUGUAGAGUGGUGACCUUUCCCUCACUAAUCUUGAAACCUGCGUAUCAUCCAGAUAUGGCUCUCUAUCUGUUACAACCUUUUAAGUUACAAUCUGUGUAGCAAAGACAGGUAAAUCUGAGUGGCUGAUGGAGAAUAAAA